AUGACACACAACAACCCUCUUCCUCAUUUUGACCUGGCCAACCAUCCUCCACCAGAAACGAUUAACAUGAUUACUGGACUUUUGGAACGGAUCACCAAAACCAACGACAAGUUGCAAGCCAGCAAUGGUAGUGCAGACAAGCAAUACACAGCAUUCCAUAGCCGCUCUGUACCAACAAUUGGUAUUCACGCCUAUCUGUCUCGGAUUUUAAAGUAUUGCCCCUGCACCAACGAAUGCUUCCUCAGCCUUUUGGUCUACUUUGAUCGUAUGUCUCGUAACUCAUCCUGUUUACGCAUCACCUCGUUCAACAUUCAUCGACUUGUCAUCUCGGGUAUAAUGGUUGCCAGCAAAUUCUUCUCCGAUAUUUUCUUCACCAACACUCGCUAUGCAAAGGUAGUUGGAGGCUUGCCUGUGGCCGAAUUGAAUGCACUAGAGCUAGAAUUCCUGCAUCUGAACGGUUACAACCUGAACGUCCCGAUAGAAGAGUUGCAGCAAUAUGGAGAUCAGUUGCUACUACAUUGGGUACGCGAAGAAGAACGACGCAGGGAGCUGCAGUGGCGGAGGAAGGAGGCUACUGGAGACGACGAGCGGAUGGCUAUGGUGGCGAUGCGGAGAAGUCUCAGUGGAAGCAAUAGCAGUGACAGUAGCAACAGCAGCGAUAUUAUCAAAACACAACCAUCGUCAACGAUUAUAACAUCAUCAUCAUCAUCGUCGUCAUCGUCAUCACAUAAUCCUCGUACAGCCUUGGCGGGCGAAGUCAAGAUGAACAGCAAGCAACAUCGACGAUUAUCCUUUCAAAAGGAGGAGGGCGCAGAAUCGGAUCCGUUCUGCAGACAGUCACGGGCAUCAAAAGUUGCGCAUGAAAAUCGUGCAACCAGGGUUACAUAUAAAAGCACUACUACGAGCACUUCUGUUCCAAGUCGUUAUUCUACUUCGAUGACACCUCCUGGCACCGACUAUCACAAAUUUCCAUCUUCACAAACUCUCGACGGCGUCCCUGUCACUGCUAAAGAAUUUUCACAACACCACCAUCAGCGGCAUUCUUGGCAUAUUGAUCAUCAUCAUCACCGUUUACCGACACCACCUUACAGUGCAGUCAUCCACCCUUAAUUUUGCCUUUUGCAAACAGCAUCAUAUAUCAAUAAUACCAAUCCUUAUAUUACUCUCUUUUGUAUAAAAGAAAAGUACACCUAUACACUCUGGUUUUUCGAAAGGAAAAAGGGAACGAGGUGUGGAUUGAUGGGAAAGAAGCAGAUGAAGGGGGUUGUUGGAUGGGAGUUGGGAAGCGAAAGACGAAUCCUUUGCCCCUUUAUUUAUUUCUAUGUAGGGCUUCUUGAACGCUAUGUCCUUUCUUUAUCCUUAGCUCCCCAUCCUCCCUCAUUCUGCGCUUUUUCCAGACUUACGAAAUUC